AUGUCUCUGCAGGGGAAAGUGUGCUCCCUUUCUGUAUUUGGUUGUAAGUCACUUUGUUGCCCUGGGCAAGAUAAAGCAACUAAGAAGUUUAAUAAAGUUCACAGGAAGUGGAGAAAGUGUAUUGUGAAGAGGGUUUGGGCAUCUUCUACAAUUACAUAUGGAGAAGCCCAAUGUGUUAGGCUUGUUUGUCUGGAUGUAGGGUUGUCAAAACUAAGUCCACCCUCACUGUGUCAGAUUAAUGAAAAAAACUCAACAGUAAAGCUAUCAGGACAUUUUAAGAAAACAGUAUUGUUUCCCUGA